CAGCGGUGAAGCUGAAACCGGCUGCUGGUAUUGCUUCCGUGGCGGAGGGAUACGCCGCUGAGGAGCUAGCUAAGAGGCUGACGGAAUGCGGUUUCCCGUCGAAGAAGAGAGCGUCCAGGCUUGGGAUUGAAGUUAAGGUGAAGAAUUGGAAGGAGAUGGUGGCGAAGAAGGAAGCUUUGCUGCUGGAGAGUCGGAAUCGGGUGGCUUUUGCCUGGACGCUGGUGGCUCUGUGUUGUGGAACUCACGGGUCCCAUAUACUGCACUCUCUCGGCUUCCAUGUCGACCAUGGACCUUUCAUGGAACUACUGCACAAUUCGUAUCUGAAAGGUACAUUGGCUUUAGGUGCCCUGUUGGGGCCGGGAAGAGACCUGCUUUCUGAUGGUGUACGAGCCUUCAUGAAGGGAUCACCAAAUAUGAACUCUCUAGUUGGCUUUGGAUCACUUGCUGCAUUUAGUAUAAGUGCUGUAUCACUUCUUAAUCCUGCUCUUCAAUGGAAUGCAUCGUUUUUUGAUGAACCGGUCAUGCUUCUUGGAUUUGUUCUGUUGGGGCGUUCUUUGGAGGAAAGAGCGAGGCUCAAAGCAUCUAGUGACAUGAAUGAGUUACUGUCGCUUAUAUCCACUAAAUCAAGACUUGUGGUUACUCCUUGUGGAAGUGGUUCCUCAAGCAAUGUGGUCAGCUCUGAUGCAAUAUACAUUGAAGUACCAACUGAUGAUAUUCGAGUUGGAGACUCAUUGCUGGUUUUGCCGGGUGAAACAAUACCCGUAGAUGGUUAUGUUGUUGCAGGUAGGAGUGUUGUGGAUGAAUCUAUGCUUACUGGGGAAUCCCUUCCGGUAUUUAAAGAGAAAGGCUUGUCUGUAUCAGCAGGAACAAUAAAUUGGGAUAGUCCAAUAAAAAUUGAGGCCACAUCCACUGGUUCCAACUCAACUAUAUCCAAGAUUGUUAACAUGGUUGAGGAUGCUCAAGGCCGGGAAGCACCGAUCCAGAGGCUUGCAGAUUCAAUUGCCGGACCAUUUGUGUAUAGUGUAAUGACUUUAUCAGCAACGACAUUUACUUUCUGGUACUAUCUCGGUUCAAAAAUCUUCCCAGAUGUUUUGCUCAAUGCCAUUGCCGGACCAGAUGGAGACCCUCUGCUUCUUAGCUUAAAGCUUGCUGUUGAUGUCUUGGUUGUUUCAUGCCCUUGUGCAUUAGGUCUUGCAACACCAACGGCGAUUCUAGUUGGCACUUCACUUGGAGCAAAAAAGGGUCUUCUUAUUAGAGGAGGAGACGUACUGGAAAGAUUGGCAGGCGUAGACUAUGUUGCUUUGGAUAAGACAGGAACCCUCACUGAAGGAAAACCUGCUGUGUCUGCUGUUGCAUCUAUGGGUUGUGAACAAUUAGAUAUUCUUCGAACUGCUGCUGCUGUGGAGAAAACAGCAUCACAUCCUCUCGCCAAAGCUAUUUUAGGCAAGGCAGAAUCAUUAAAUUUGGAUAUCCCUGUUACACGAGGACAAUUAGCAGAAGCAGGCUCAGGAACAAUGGCUGAAGUAGAUGGUCUUUUAGUUGCGGUUGGAAAGUUGGAAUGGGUUAGUGAACGCUUUAGUAAAAAAACAAGCUUCUCUGAUUUAAAGAGUCUUGAGCAGUCUCUGAUGCAUGAAUCGCAAAGCAGUUCAUCAUCAAGCCAUUCCAUGACAGUUGUAUAUGUUGGUUGGGAGGGUGAAGGCAUUGUAGGUGCUAUUGCAAUAUCUGAUAAUUUACGUGAUGAUGCUAAGUCUACAAUUGAGAGGCUUCAACAGAAAGGAAUUAGAACCUUUCUCUUAUCAGGGGACAGGGAAGAGGCAGUUGCAACAGUAGCAAAUACAGUUGGGAUACAAGAUGAAUUUGUUUAUGCAUCCCUGACUCCACAGCAAAAAUCUGCUACCAUCACAACUCUUCAAGCUUCAGGCCAUCGUCUAGCCAUGGUUGGUGAUGGCAUUAAUGAUGCACCAUCUCUUGCUCUGGCUGAUGUUGGGAUUGCUUUGCAAGUUGAAGGCCAAGAAAAUGCAGCCUCAAAUGCAGCGUCGAUCAUACUUCUUGGAAAUAGACUUUUUCAGGUCGUUGAAGCAUUUGACCUUGCGCGGGCUACCAUGGCAAAAGUCCAUCAAAACUUGACUUGGGCAAUAGCAUAUAAUUUGGUCACAAUUCCCAUAGCGGCUGGAGCACUACUACCCAAGUUUAAUUUUGCCAUGACACCAUCUCUAUCAGGUGGAUUGAUGGCCUUGAGCUCAAUAGUUGUUGUCACCAACUCCUUACUCCUGCAACUCCAUGGUUCUCAAAAGGGAAAGCAACGAUACUUUCAAUGAUAACAUGUGCACUAGCUCAGAGCCCGAUUACGCCUUCCACGAAGACCUAAUAAUAAUGCUUUAGAUGAAUUGAGUUGUGGCAGCCCUAUAAUGAGGUUGGCAUCCAUAGACUUUAUCUAUUGCCUCUACGGCUCUACCUGUCUUUAAUCCUGUAGCAACGAUACGCAUUUAACAGACGUGAUUCCUGGUUUUGUUAUUAUAAGCGAAUAAAGUCCGCAUGUAAUGAUGAACCUAAAGUAGUAAGGACUGAUACCGGAAAGUGGAAACAAGUAUUUAUAUGUAUAAAUAUAAAAGAUUAUAAAGA